AUCUGGCUUGUCUUUAGCUAGCACAUACAGUCACGUGAUACGUCUUGGCAGGCACAGCAGGCAUAAUUCCAAGAUGGCGGUCUGUAUAGCUGUCAUCGCUAAAGAGAACUAUCCUCUGUUCAUCCGAAGUGUACCCGUACAGAAUGAACUGAAGUUCCACUACACGGUGCAUACCUCUCUGGAUGUGGUGGAGGAGAAGAUUUCAGCAGUCGGCAAAGCAAUGGCAGACCAGAGAGAGCUUUACCUUGGGUUGCUGUACCCAACGGAGGACUACAAAGUAUAUGGCUAUGUGACAAACUCUAAGGUGAAGUUUGUCAUUGUCGUGGACUCAUCAAACACAUCUCUGCGGGACAAUGAGAUUAGAAGUAUGUUCAGAAAGCUACACAACUCAUUUACUGAUGUGAUGUGCAACCCAUUCUACAAUCCUGGAGACACCAUUCAGUCUAAGGCCUUUGACAGCAUUGUGUCUGCAAUGAUGGUGCAAGCUAGCUGAUUGUCCUCCCGAACAUCUGUACAUAAUUUCUUCAAAAUCUGUACAUAAUUUCCAGAAACCCUUUACAUGUUGCCUUGUGUAUAACAAUGAAAUAAACUGUCCAUCAGAACCUCCAUUUCAAAUAA